AUGUGCCGACGGAGUAAUCGGAAUUGCAAUCUACGGAUUCAUUUUUCUACGGCUUCCCCAUUUCCACCUUCUUCUUUACUAUUCACCCCACCCCACCCCACCCCCGCAAAUCUGGGAAAUCAAAAUUACAGUGUACAGGUUCAUUUUUCCAUGACAGAAGCACCACACUUGGCACCCUUAUGGGGGUCACCUUGCAGGCCAUCACAUUCGGAGCUUUCUCCUCCUAGCACCUACAGUAGGAGAAUUUGGCUCUGCCACACACGCAUGCCGAAAAAUCAAGACACUCAAAAAGGGUCGAGCUCGUGGAGCGAUGGCGACGGAGGAGCAGCGGCUUCGACGACAAAGAAGGAGAUGGUGGAGGCUAGGCAGGGAUGA